AUGGCAUCAUCAAGAGCAGGGAUUCAAGCUCUCCCUCCAGAGGUUGCUGCUAAGAUCAAAUCCUCCAUUUCGAUCACUGAUCUAAACGGGGUCAUUUUGGAAUUGGUCAAGAAUGCCUUAGAUGCAAAUGCCAGCACGGUCCACAUCUCGGUGGAUUUCAAGCGCGGGGGCUGUAUCGUCGAAGAUGACGGCGAUGGAAUUCGUUCAAUCGAAUUUGAGUCCACCGGCGGGCUCGGGAAGGCACAUCACACUUCCCAGUUCCAGCAAACUGCCAAAUAUGGUCAUCGGGGACUUUUUCUGUCCGCUUUAAGUGCAUUGUCACUGCUUACUGUGACAUCUUGUCAUAUCCACCAGCAGACUACAAACUCUGUCAUUUUUCAUCGCUCAACACCCGUGGCACGAUUGAUUCCCUCGCCUGUACACCAAAGUCUUCGCUUUAGUGAUCAUGGCACAUGUGUGACGGUGAAUGACCUUUUUGGAAACAUGCCGGUGCGCGUGAAGCGUCGAGCUCUCGCCUUUGAACGACCAGAUGAAUUAGACCGAGAGUGGGAUAAUCUGAGAUAUUCGCUGGCUUCCCUCAUGCUGGCCAAUCCUUUGCUCUUGAAGUUGGUGCUUUCUGAUACGGAACGGGGCAAAAGAGUCUCAAUUCGCCUAGACAGAUCUAUACCAGGUGAUCAUGUGGAUGUCGCCAAUACAAUUGAUCUACGCCGAAUUGGAUCAAUUCUCGCACAAUCGGGGAUGAUAAAUACGAGAAACAUGGACACGUGGCAUAUCAUUUCGGCGAGCAUUCCCGAUCUCGCAAUCUGUGCUGCAAUCUCCAUUGUACCCAGUCCUUCGAAAAAGCUCCAAUUUGUUUCCCUAGGCAACGAUCCGGUGCUGCCAAAUGGUUCAAAUAUUCUCUUCAAGGAAAUAAAUCGUUUGAUAUCUCUCUCCGACUUCGGGGUCUCUGGAAACAUAUCUCGCAACACCGCGACGUGCCCGUCCCCUGUCUUAGGACAUUCUGAAGCCCCAAGCAGUCUUAGUGGCAAAGCUUGGGCAAAGCCAGUCAAUAAGUGGCCGAUGUUUUAUAUACGUAUCGAGACUAGUACGACUCUACUCUUGGGUGAUGAUGGUGAUGAGGUCUCUCCGAACUCAGACAAGUCCUUACAACGCGUCACUGACCUCCUCGAGGCAAUGAUCUUGGAAUUUCUCAAGCAACAGAAUUUACGACCCCGUAUUACGAAGCGGCAAGAGAAGAUAUCAAAUCGAGCUCAAGGGGGCCCUUCUGUUAGUCAAAGUCGUUCUAGGUCUUCCUCUAAGCAACGCGGUGCGGAAUCUAGUGCGGAAGAAGGCUUCAGCAACAAUCUCAAACUUCCGUCAUUCCAGCGACCGCAAUCGGUCAAUUCAAGUCCAAAUUUGAAUAACUGGUCUAGGGUGAAGACGGCAAAGGGACUUGAUACUCGUUUGGCGCCCGAUCGAGAUAGUGCCAAUCGUCUUGAAGGACAGAUAUUUUCUCUGCCCGAACGCCCUCAAAGCCGCUCAAAGGGAGAGGAAAAUGUUGAAAGCCUGUUGUCGAAUACCUCUCUAGAACACAGCAAAGAAGUUGAGCAAGAUGACGAUGAAGAUAAAUCCCAGACAACGGACAGGCUGAUUCCUUGGGUUAACCAGCGCACUGGGAAAACACAUAUGAUCAAUUCCCGAACCGGUCAGACGGUUGGACCCAUGGCGUCGAGUUCUUUCACAAGGCCUACUCUACCAAGGUUAGGAGACACUCAAUCAAACCCGUCAAUUCCGAAAUCUUGGGUAGAAAAUUUACUGAAAGCAUGGGACAACCCGACACUUACCCGCACUGAGAUGCCUUUGCCGAGGCUUGAUCUUGAAAAUAAUUAUUUUAACCCCGAGGCUUCUUCUCGCAGUUGUCUUUACGAAAUUGGAACUUUAGAGACUUCUCGAGUUGCCAGUUUCAGGGGGAAAUUGCAGCGUCAAAGCCUAUCAAAAGCCACCAUCAUCGCACAAGUCGAUCAAAAGUUUAUUCUUGCCAAAUUGGACGCAGGAACUUUGCAGAGUGCUGGUAUACAGGACGCAGUUUUAGUACUGAUUGAUCAACAUGCAGCAGAUGAACGCUGCCGAAUCGAACAGUUAUUUGAAGAAAUGUUCAUUCCAGCAGAGCCGCCGUAUGAGACUAAAGUUCGCACUGUUGAAAUCAAGCCAAUUGCCUUCAAGAUCUCCUCCACCGAAGCUACGCUUUUUCACAAGUAUUCCGGCUUCUUCCAAGACUGGGGGAUUCAUUACAACACGGGCGAAACUUCAGAGUCCGAGCCAACCAUCUUAGUCCAUUUGCUGCCAGCUCUUAUUGCAGAACGAUGUCGAUUGGAACCUACUUUAAUUGUUGAAUUGCUUCGCCGCGAGAUUUGGACAAACGAGGAAGGUAGUAGGAAACCACUGGGGGCAGUGAUGGCUUCUGCAGAUAACCACUCCGAGAGCCAUGGCAUGAGCUUCGACGAGGACGAAUCAUCCCCCGUGGGAUCCUCUACUCCGCAUUCUUGGGUACAAAAGAUGAGUGGCUGUCCCCAGGGUAUCAUUGAUCUUCUUAAUUCCCGUGCAUGUCGCACCGCCAUUAUGUUCAACGACCCACUGGGUAUCGAUGAGUGCAGGAAAUUGAUUUUGCGGCUGGCUCGGUGUGCAUUCCCAUUUCAAUGCGCCCAUGGACGGCCGUCCAUGAUACCCAUUCUUGAUCUUCGGCCACAGCCGACAUAUGAGACCGACAAAUUUGAUGGAGGCAUGGGUCUUGAAUACGAUGACUAUGAUGACUCGGGCAUGAAUUUUAUAGAGGCGUUCCAGGCAAAAUAUGUACAUUGA